AUGGCGGAGAAGGAGCUGUGGAGCUGCCAGCGGUUUGAGGAUGCCCACAGCCACAAGGCCUACUUCAUCUCUAUUGCGCACCGCGCGGCGGCGGGCCAGGAAGGCACCGCGGACCUGGCGCUGACCGACGGCGCUGGGGCCUGGACGGUGCAAGGCGAGUUUGCCUUCUGGCAGCCCUCUGGCAGGAGGCUCGCUCUGCUACGGCAGCCACAGGCUAGUGAACCUUUUGUCAAGGCGAUAGUGCACUGCUGGCUUGCCCCAUCUGCAGGCGUGACAUCGGCGAGCCUCAAGGGCCAGGGCAAGGAGAAGCUGAGGCACCUGCAGGCGGCUCUGAGCGAGCUGGAGGAGGCGAAUGUGGAGUACAGGACGGAAGUGGUGCCAAACCUUGAUGGUAGCGUGGACCUCAAGGUGUCGUUUCAGAACCCAGGGGUGAGGGUGUUCAUCACGGCCUCCUUGGCGGCGGCGGUGCCGGCCGCGCCUGUGAUUGCUUCGAUGCUGGAGCUGCUGGUGGGCAACCUGACAGCCCUGCAAGCCACCAGCCUGGACCUGGUGCAGCAGAACAAGGCGUUUGAGCAGCAGCUGGCUCGCAGCCAGGACAUAGUGGACAAGUAUGUGAACAAAAAGCUGGAGCACGACAAGGAGACCAACAUUAAAGUUGCGGCACUGCUGAACAGCAAGAAGCAAAAGCUGCGGGAGCUGAAGGGCCAGCUGGAUGCGGCGCAGGAGGAGAUCAGGCGCCUGAAGGAGCAGGGAGCAGCAGAGCCGAUGGAUGAGGAUGCGGAUCGCGAGGGCGAUGGGGGGGCCGGCACAUCCAAGCAGGGCAGCCAGCGGCAGCGGGGCAGGGCGACGCGAGUGGUGGAAGAUGAUGAUGAGGAGGAGGAGGAAGAAGAGGAGGAGGAGCGGGACCACAGCCCGCACGGCUACAGCGAUCAAGAUGCAGAGUACUGA